AUGGUCGCCUUGCGCGACAUUCGCCCGGGCGAGCACGUCACGUACGACUAUGCCUGCACGGAGACGGAGGGUAGCAUGCACGCCGGCCUGCACUGCCGCUGCGGCGCCGCGUGCUGCCGCGGCACGCUCACAUUCACCGAGUGGCGCUCGCGCGACUGGCAACGGCGGUUCGCCGGCCAAUGCUCGUCUUACAUAGAGCGGAAGAUGGCCGAGUCGGGGUGGUACGACCCGCGCGUGGUUCCUCGCUACAAGGGCGGCGCGGACGGCUCCAAGGGGAUGUUCGCAUUGUCGAGCAUCCGACGCGGGGAACCGCUUCUCGUUUUCGCCGGCAAGCUUGUCGGCCUCGAUUAUCUGCUGGGAAGCGACGAACGCACGAGGGAGCUCUCGUUGCGAGUCAACGACGACCUCUGGCAGGUGCCGCAUCCGACGCGUGGGCCCGAGACGCCCGACUUUAUCAACCACUCGUGCGACCCAAACUGCGGAUUGGAAGACUCGGUGACGGUGGUGGCGUUGCGGGACAUCGCGCCAGGCGAGGAAAUGAGCAUCGACUACGGUAGCACCAACGCCGGCGUCAUCCUCACCAGCAGCGACAACUUCCGCUGCCACUGCGGCGCGUCGAUCUGCCGCGGGGUAGUCACGAGCGACGACUGGCGGCUGCCUGAGCUGCAGCAGCGACUGUGGCCGUUCUUCCCGCCGUUCAUCAAGCGACUGAUCGUGAGGGAGUCAGAGCAGUCGGACUCGAAGCCACAGUCUGAGAGUGGCGAAUCAUGCACAUAA